GAAGGGAAACAGAAAGGAUUACACUCAUUCCUCAUUCUAUCCUUUCGCGGGUCAGUACACAGCAUUGUCUUAGUGUUCUAUCACUGUGAAGAGAAACCAGUACAUCAGCAUCUCUUGGAAAAGAAAGCAAUAAAAGACAAUAAAAAUAUGUCACUCUGGGUUGCUCUUAAGGGGCAGUCAAGGGGACAGACGAGAAAUAAAACACUAUGCUUUGUUGAAUUCAGAUCUCAAUCUUUAGACGUCUGCUUAGCCUGUUUAUGGAGAUUUCUGUUUGUUCAAAUAAAAAUGACCCUCAUAGAUUUGAGUGCUUAGCUAUAACGGAGUGACACUAUUAGAAGCUGUGGUCUUGUCAGAGUAUGUGCAUAUUGGUUGGAAGAAGUGGGCCCCUGGGGGUGGGGUUUGGGUUUCAAAUACUCAAGCCAGGCCCAGUGUUUCUCCCUACCUGCUGCCUAAUAGUCUAUAUUAAGCUUGCAUAACAGGGUUUUCUCACUUACCCAUAAACAGAAUUCUUCCCCAAGUAGCAGAAUUUCCCACAAGCCAGAGAAGGGAGAGGGGAGGAAUUUGGUUAGAGAAGAGACACUGUGAGAUAGCACAAGGAUGCUGACCAGCUUGUUACAGACCUUUCCUGUUAGCAUCUCAGUGACCCUUGCUAUAGUGUAUUAUCUUUUUUGAUGUCUCUUUUACUUGUCUUUCGUUUUUCUUUCCUUUUACAGAUUUUUAAAGGUAUUGGCUCUGAGGAGACUGUGCAAAGUCAAGGAAACAGGAGGCUCAUCAGCUUCUCUCUCUCAGAUUUCCAGGCCAUGGGAUUGAAGAAAGGGAUGUUUUUCAACCCAGACCCUUAUCUGAAGAUUUCCAUUCAACCUGGUAAACAUAGCAUCUUCCCAGCCCUCCCUCACCAUGGACAGGAACGGAGAUCCACGAUCAUAGGCAACACUGUAAACCCCAUCUGGCAGGCAGAGCAUUUCAGUUUCGUGUCUCUGCCAACUGAUGUGCUGGAAAUUGAAGUGAAGGACAAGUUUGCCAAGAGUCGUCCCAUCAUCAAGCGUUUCUUGGGAAAGCUGUCAAUGCCAGUUCAGAGGCUACUGGAGAGACAUGCCAUAGGGGAUAGGGUGGUCAGCUACACACUUGGCCGCAGGCUUCCAACUGACCAUGUGAGUGGACAUCUGCAAUUCCGAUUUGAGAUCACAUCCUCCAUCCACGCAGACGAUGAAGAGAUCUCUCUGAAUGCUGCGCCUGAGUCAGCGGAAGUGCAGGACAGCGUCAUGAAUAGUGUGGUGGAAAACAGCAGUGGGGAGCCUCCCGGUGAUGCUGCAGAAUUCCGAAAGGACUUGAAGCCAGAGGCACCGAGUGAAGGGGAUGGAGUGAGCGGCUCAGAAAAUGAAAACCGGGAGCAUGCCGGGCCAAUCGAGGAAGCUGUGGGUGCUAUGGAGACCAGAGAUGGUAGCAAGUUCUCUGAAGGACCUGAAGAGGUUGGAGAGCUUCAGGACCCAGAGCAACAUGACACCCAGCCCACUCUGAGCGCAGAAGAAGUGGCAGAGGGACUUCCCCUGGGUGAGGGUUGGCCACCCUCGCUGUCGCCAGAAGAGAGUACAGCUCUAGGCAGCAAGGCAGAAGAGGAAGCCAUUCCAGAAAAUGGAGCCGGAGAGGAGGAAAUGCAGGAGAAGGGGAAAGACGAGGAGGAAGAAGAGGGCGUUUCUGCCCUGGAGCAAGGAGAGCCUGGACUUGAGCUGAGGGCCUCUGUGAGAAAAAAAAGCAGGCCAUGUUCCUUACCUGUGUCCGAGCUUGAAACAGUGAUCGCAUCUGCCUGUGGAGAGGCUGAGACCCCAAGGACCCACUACAUCCGCAUCCACACCCUACUGCACAGCAUGCCCUCGGCCCAGAGGGGAAGCACCACAGAGGAGGAGGAUGCCAUGGAGGAGGAAUCCACCCUCAAGGAGUCCUCUGAAAAGGAUGGGCUCAGCGAGGUGGACACAAUAGCUGCUGACCCACAGUCCAUGGAAGAUGGCGAGAACAAUGGCGCUACUCUCUGCAUGGCGUCCUCUGACUGCUCUGGGGGCCAUUUCUCCAAUUUAUCUAAAAGCAUUGGCGCUGGCCAAGAUGGCGAAGCUCACCCCAGCACUGGGAGUGAGAGUGACUCCAGCCCCCAGCAGGGAGCAGACCACAGUUGCGAGGGCUGUGAUGCCUCAUGCUGUAGCCCCUCAUGCUAUAGCACAUCCUGCUACAGCAGCUCCUGUUAUAGCAGCUCCUGUUACAGCAGCUCCUGCUACAAUGGCAACAAUCGGUUUGCCAGCCACACACGCUUCUCCUCGGUGGACAGCGCCAAGAUCUCUGAGAGCACAGUCUUUUCUUCACAAGAGGAUGAGGAGGAGGAAAACAGUGCAUUCGAGUCGGUACCUGACUCGGUGCAAAGCCCAGAGCUAGAUCCCGAGUCUACAAAUGGGGCUGGGCCUUGGCAGGAUGAACUGGCUGCCCCUGGUGGGAAUGCAGCAAGAACUACUGAAGGUGACUGUCCUAUGCUCCAUAAUUCCCAGCCAAUAAGCCAGCUUCCUUCCUUGAGGCCUGAACAUCAUCACUACCCAACAAUCGAUGAGCCUCUUCCACCAAACUGGGAAGCUCGAAUCGACAGCCAUGGACGGGUCUUUUAUGUGGACCAUGUAAAUCGCACAACCACCUGGCAGCGACCAUCAAUGGCGCCUACUCCAGAUGGAAUGAUCAGAUCCGGGUCUGUCCACCAGAUGGAGCAGCUUAACAGAAGGUAUCAAAACAUCCAGAGAACCAUUGCAACAGAGAGAUCCGAAGAAGAUUCUGGCAACCAAAGCUGUGAGCAAAUACCAGACGGAGGAGCUGGAGGUGGAGGGAGUGACUCGGAAGCAGAAUCUUCCCAAUCAAGCUUAGAUCUGAGGAGAGAAGGGUCACUUUCUCCUGUCAACUCACAGAAGGUCACCUUGCUGCUGCAGUCUCCAGCAGUCAAGUUCAUCACCAAUCCUGAGUUCUUCACUGUGUUGCAUGCCAAUUAUAGUGCCUACAGGGUUUUUACAAGUAGCACUUGCCUGAAGCAUAUGAUUUUGAAAGUCCGAAGAGAUGCUCGAAAUUUUGAGCGCUACCAGCACAACCGGGACCUGGUGAAUUUCAUCAACAUGUUUGCAGAUACUCGGCUGGAACUGCCCCGGGGUUGGGAGAUCAAAACUGAUCAUCAGGGAAAGUCUUUCUUUGUGGACCACAACAGCCGGGCUACUACUUUCAUUGAUCCCCGAAUCCCUCUUCAGAAUGGCCGCCUUCCCAAUCAUCUGACCCACCGACAGCACCUUCAGAGGCUCAGGAGCUACAGUGCUGGUGAGGCCUCAGAAGUCUCUAGAAACAGAGGAGCAUCUUUGCUGGCCAGACCAGGACACAGCCUAAUAGCUGCUAUUCGGAGCCAACAUCAGCACGAGUCCUUGCCACUGGCAUACAAUGACAAGAUUGUGGCAUUUCUUCGACAGCCAAACAUUUUUGAAAUGCUACAAGAACGUCAGCCAAGCUUGGCAAGAAACCACACACUCAGGGAGAAAAUCCAUUACAUUCGGACAGAGGGCAAUCAUGGACUUGAGAAAUUGUCCUGUGAUGCAGAUCUAGUCAUUUUGCUAAGUCUCUUUGAAGAAGAGAUCAUGUCCUAUGUCCCCCUGCAAUCUGCCUUCCACCCUGGAUAUAGCUUCUCUCCCCGCUGUUCACCCUGUUCCUCACCCCAGAACUCCCCAGGUUUACAGAGAGCCAGUGCCAGGGCCCCUUCGCCAUACCGAAGGGAUUUUGAAGCUAAGCUCCGCAAUUUCUACCGAAAACUGGAAGCCAAAGGAUUUGGGCAGGGUCCGGGUAAAAUUAAGCUCAUCAUCCGUCGAGACCACUUGUUGGAGGGGACCUUCAAUCAGGUGAUGGCAUACUCUCGGAAGGAGCUCCAGAGAAACAAGCUCUACAUCACCUUUGUUGGAGAGGAGGGGCUGGACUACAGUGGCCCUUCUCGAGAGUUCUUCUUCCUGUUGUCUCAGGAGCUCUUCAACCCUUACUAUGGACUCUUUGAGUAUUCUGCAAAUGACACUUACACAGUCCAGAUCAGCCCCAUGUCGGCGUUUGUAGAAAAUUAUCUCGAAUGGUUUAGGUUCAGCGGCCGUAUCCUGGGCCUAGCUCUGAUCCAUCAGUACCUCUUGGAUGCUUUCUUCACCAGACCCUUCUAUAAGGGACUCCUGAAGCUGCCAUGCGAUCUGAGUGACCUGGAAUACUUGGAUGAGGAAUUCCACCAGAGUUUACAGUGGAUGAAGGACAACAACAUCACAGAUAUUCUUGACCUCACUUUCACUGUUAACGAAGAAGUUUUUGGACAGGUAACAGAAAGAGAGUUGAAGUCUGGAGGUGCCAACACGCAAGUGACUGAGAAGAACAAGAAGGAGUACAUCGAGAGGAUGGUGAAGUGGCGUGUAGAGCGUGGUGUGGUGCAGCAGACCGAGGCAUUGGUCAGGGGUUUCUAUGAGGUUGUAGACUCAAGGCUUGUCUCAGUGUUUGACGCGAGGGAGCUGGAGCUGGUAAUCGCGGGAACUGCUGAAAUCGACCUGAAUGACUGGAGGAAUAACACUGAGUACCGGGGAGGUUAUCAUGAUGGCCACCUUGUGAUCCGCUGGUUCUGGGCUGCAGUGGAGCGCUUCAAUAAUGAGCAGAGAUUGAGAUUACUUCAGUUUGUGACAGGAACGUCGAGCGUUCCCUAUGAAGGCUUUGCAGCUCUGCGGGGGAGCAAUGGGCUUCGACGGUUCUGCAUAGAGAAGUGGGGGAAGAUUACAUCUCUUCCCAGGGCACAUACAUGCUUCAACCGAUUGGAUCUCCCACCGUAUCCUUCAUAUUCCAUGUUGUAUGAAAAGUUGUUAACAGCAGUUGAAGAAACCAGCACCUUUGGACUUGAGUGAAGACGUGGAACCUUGCCUGACAUUGUCCUGAACAGUGACAUCACCCUUUCUGGGAUGACUUCCUCCCCUCUUUUGACUUUGGUGUUCCAUGAUUUUUAUUUCAAAGCAAAUUAGAAUUGGCAAAAGCUGUGCAUGAAGAAUUGCCUUCUUCUAGGAUCUAAUCUUCAGGCUUAUCUCCUCUGUUUCCAAUGAACUGCUAGCCUGUAUGCAAUACUACAAAACAGCUGUCUCAAGGUCUGUGUAUACCUCCACAUACCUCCAUUCCUAACAAUGAAAUAUGAAUGCAAGUUAUGCUACACUUGACAAAAUGGUAAUAAAUGUUUACUUCCAUUUCUAUCAUUUAAAGAUAAUUUGAGCUGUAAGCAUUUCAUGCUUUUAUAUUCCCACGUCUUCCAAGCAGAACCACUAUUUUUCCUAAUUUCUAGCAACCAUUCCAGACCUGGGAGCUGACUAAUUUUUUUCCUCUCUAUCUCUACAUUUCCUAUUCAUUCUUUCCAAAUGGACAGCCAAGGCCACACAGAAACUUUUUCUUCAUUCAACUCAUGAUUCAAAGGUGUAUCAAGUCCCAUCAGCCAGAACUAGCCUAGACAUAUGGUGCAAAUAUGAAACUUCCAGCAAUUAACAACAGCAAGAAGGAAAAGGUUAUCAGUAAAUCCAAGGGUUACAUGGAUUAUUAACUCAGCUUGAGUUCAGAGAAGUGUAGUGGGGGAGUACCCCUGGUGAACCCUCACCACCCAAGAAGCACAAAACUUGUGUACCAUUUCCAAGGAGGAAAUUCUAAUUGCUGUAGAUUGAAGGAUGAGCCUUUACCUCUAAUUCUGUCACAUAGAAAGUGAUAAGGCUGACAGAAAAAAGGACAGGACGUAUGACAUUUAUUCAAAUCCAUGAAUUUUGUUUAACCUAUUCUCAUGCACACAUAGUCCACAUGAAUUCCAUGGCUUCUGUUGCAGCCAGGUUUAUUUACUUGAUAGGCCAACCUUUUGCUUCUUUUUAGCUUUGCUACUUUUCUCAUUCUUUUUUCUUUUCUUUCCUUUUUUGAACUCAUGUGUUCAAAUUCUGUCACACCUGAUGUUCACAGACACCACAUACGAAGCUGCAGAGCACGAUGGUGCUUGUUAAGGAUCACGGGCAAUAUAAACUUCUCCUUCAUCCAUAGUGAUUCUUUGAAGACACACUGACUUGUAUCCAAAAAAUUCAUUUUUUGUAAAGCAUUCAGCAAAAUAUCUAAGAAAAUGUGUUUUUAGGAAAACAAUCACAGGCUCCACAGACAGCCUGGCAUCUUAAGUACAUUUGAGAUAAAACUAACCAUAAUGGUCAUUUGCUAUUUUUGUAACCAUGUUAUCCGUGUUGUCUGAAAUAUGACAUAAAUGAAAGUGGUUUUUCUUCACUGGGAAAAGAAAAGCUAAAGAGACCCAACUAUUUAAAUAUUUGUUGUUGUAGUCAACAUAUUAAAAUAAAAGGCAAAGUCUGAGAAUGUAAACUUAUGAUAAAGCCGUGCCUCGUGGCUCACUAUAGCAGUGUGUUUUGUUCCUGCACAUUAAAAUAUUUUCUUAGUAAAAAUUAUUCACAAUGCCAUAACACUCUGUGUUCCUGUGUUUCUUUGUCAAGCAAGAAGUAUAUAUUAUACAAACUUAGCUUUCGAUUGCUAUGGAAAAAGAAGUUUUACUGAAAAUGGGGUGUAUGUUAUAUGAAACACAGCUUGAAGGGUGAGUAAAAUUUGGCCCAAAUUUUAGUAUUUGAAAAAUAAUUCCAAUGGAGCUGUUAUUUAUUAAUGAACUGGCAACAAAAGCAUUGUCAAAAUCACUUUCACUAAAUCUUUAACUCUUAGAAUAGCAUAUUUAGAAUUCAUCUUAUACAUACAUAAAAAAUUGCAAAAACAAAAAAAAUUCAAGCAUUAAAGGUUUUACCCACUUACUUGCCA